UCAGCUACAGUUCUGAAACGCCAUUCAAUGGGAAUCGUGAGCCAAACGCUGAGGUUCGCUGUGCUAGCACUUUGUCUACGCAUUGCUUUGACCCAACGCUUGCCACCCAAUGGCUGUGGAAACAUUUUUCAGUAUCGGCGCCAGGGGGAUCAUUGGAUUGGUCAUGUCACCCCGCCGCAAGAUGGCCUCAAGAGCGUCAGCUGGACGCUGCGGUUUGUCUCGCAUGGCGUUAACAGGCCCGGCAAGAUAAGUUCCAUGGCACCAUAUCCGAAUAGGAAGACUGCUCUGCAAAAUAUGCACGACGGUGGCCGUGCCGAAUGCUUUGUCCGCUUUACUGACUUCGACGACGAGCUGCCCAAGAUAGUGCGCAUCGAGUUGAACGGCCAAGUGUUAUGCACAGCCAGCGAAUAUGAAGGGUCUUCCACCACAUCGACGCGAGAGCUGAACAUGGCUGUUUCGUCAACGACCACAUAUAAAAUGUACGAGUCGCCGCCACUGCCCACCAGAACAAUUCCCCUGUUUGAUUCGAUUGAUCCAGAAUCUUUCUACAAUCAGCUAGUGACAUAUGCAUCGGUCCCAGCGCCGACAACAGCCAAACAGACUCCACGGCCUACCACGACUGUCACUAGACCGGUCGCAGCUAGUCCGGGAACAUCAUGGGUAUCGAAUGAUAAUCCAUUUUUGAAGCCGCUGACAAGUAUAAAGCCUAUUGUUACGGUGGACACGCGUCAUGAGCCAGUGGAGUAUGAGUGCGGCGUGGAGGGUCUCGUUGGCUUACAGAUUGGAGGCGAAACCUUGCCCAGGGGCCGUUUCCCCUGGCUGGCGGCGCUCUAUCACGACAUCAACGUGGAUCCCAAUAAAAUUGAGUUGUCCUACAAGUGCGUGACGACGCUGAUCUCGGCACGCACCGUGAUAACAGCGGCGCAUUGCAUCUACGGCAUGACGCCGGCACAACUAAGGGUUUAUGUGGGACGCCAUGACAUAAGCAUGCAUCCCGAAAAGGACGCCACUCUGAUGGCCGUGCAGUCCGUGCACACGCAUCCCGACUUUGUGGGCAAUCUGGUGCCUGAUCUGGAUGUGGGCCUGCUGGUGUUUACCGAGCGGGUCCAAUACUCAACCUAUGUCCGUCCCAUUUGCAUGUGGACCAGCAAAACAGCGCUUGGCAUCGAUGACAGCGAACAGACUGCCGUCGCCGGUUGGGGAAUCGAUGCGAAUUUCAAGCCAACGCGUUUUCCCUCAACAGUCAACGUGAGGAAAGUGUCCCAGGAGCAAUGCCUACGUGAGAUGGUUACCGCCAAGGACUUUUUGACGCCUCGCACAUUCUGCGCAGGCAACAGCCAGGGUCAUGGCCCCUGCCUCGGCGACUCCGGAGGUGGAUUAAUGGUGCUGCGCAACAACCGUUGGUUCGUACGCGGCAUUGUCUCGCUAGCCCAACGCUCUGGCAACGGCUGCGAUUUGUCGCGAUACGUCAUCUACUGUGACGUUGCCCGACAUCUCGGCUGGAUAGAACGUAAUAUUGUGAGAUGAGCGCUAACAAAUAAGUUAACUAAAUAAACAAAAAGCUGCCUGCUUAUCUCGU